CUCAGGUUGGCCUUGAAUGUGAGAUCCUUCUGCCUCAGCUUCUGAAUGCCAUAUCAUCAACUUUGAGUUGCUGAGUGGAGAAGGCACCAUUGCCAUCCCUGUAUAUAAAACUUGACAUCUCAGUAACUAAGAUUCUCAGAACACAUCUAUAUCAGAGACAGUGGGCAGGAAAUAGAUGGAGCCAAAGAGGAGUCAGACCGGACGCUUCUUCAAGAGCUCACAGCCUGCCAAGAGAAAGCAGGCUGCUACCAUGACCAUGACCAAGAAUGUGGCAGAGCUUCUGCCUUUGAGCCACCAGGACGAACUAGUGGAUUUGCCAAACCACUACCCAUUGAGUACAAGUGAAGAUGAGGGGGCCAGUGAUGGAGAAAGAAAAUGUCAAAAGCUUCUGGAAGCAGUCAGUUCCCUUGGCGGAAAGAAGAGUUGGAAAUUGGCCGAGAGAUCGGAGGCUAGUCUGAUGGUGUCCGAGUUCAAUGUCACUUCUGAAGGGUCAGGUGAAAAGCUGGUUCUUUCAGAUUUGCUGGAGUCUGCCACAGCUUUAUCUUCGUUGACUGCUGUGAAAAAGCAACUGCUUAGGUCUAGGUCAAAGACUCUUGCUGUACCCCUUGACAAAAAAGAGGCUGACCAGAUCCUCAGGGAAGCAGCAUUCAGCAAAACCUCACAGAUGCUCUCCAAGUGGGAUCCCGUUGUUCUGAAGAACCGGCAAGCAGAGCAGCUGGUUUUUCCUAUGGAGAAGGAGCCGCCAGCUGUUGCUCCCAUUGAACAUGUAUUCACUGACUGGAAAACAAGAACUCCCCUGGAGCAAGAAGUUUUCAACCUCCUUCACAAGAACAAGCAGCCAGUAACAGACCCUUUAUUGACUCCCAUGGAAAAAGCCUCCCUUAAAGCCAUGAGCCUGGAAGAAGCGAAAAUACACCGAGCAGAGCUCCAGAGGAUGCGAGCUCUGCAGUCCUACUAUGAGGCCCGAGCUCGAAGAGAGAAGAAAAUCAAAAGUAAGAAGUAUCACAAAUUUAUAAAGAAAGGCAAGACCAAGAAAGCCUUAAAAGAGUUUGAGCAGUUAUGGAAGGACUACCCAAGUGCUGCAUUGCAAGAACUGGGAAAAAUGGAAGAGGCCAGAAUGAUGGAGCGCAUGAGCCUUAAGCACCAGGGCGGUGGGAAAUGGGCCAGGUCAAAGGCAAUUAGGGCCAGAUAUGACCUGGAGGCUCGCAAAGCUAUGCAAGAACAAUUGGCGAAGAACAGAGAACUGACACAGAAACUCCAGGUAGUUUCGGAGAGUGAAGCGGAGGAGGAGGAGGAGGAGGAAUGCACCAAAGAGGGAAUAAUCCCUGCCUCUGAUGGAAUGGACCACCUACAGAUGGAUGCAGCUGGUCGGAAUCCCUGGAUGCUCAGCACUUGCAGCAGUGAUGCAGCAAGGGGUGAGGUCAAGACCGACCCUGGACAGCUGCCCGAACUGGUGGCCGAUGGGUCUUCUGAAAGUGAGCGAGAUGAGAAACCAGUGGCAGAAGAGCUUUUGGUGAAAGAAAAAUUCUUUCAAGAAAGGGUUGAGCCCAACAGUGCUAAGCCAGUGGGUGGCCAAGAAGCUGAAGACUCUGAUAGCCAGGAGGUAUUAUCUGAAUCGAGGCUAUUGCUUCAGAAACUCCACAAGGAAAACCAUCAAUCUGAGCAGCAAAAAGGGAGUUCAGUGAGAACUGUUCUCCAGAUCCAGAGAGAGGAACUUGCUCCGGAGGAGAGCCCGAUGCUUCAAAGGCUAGAGAGAGCACAUGUUCUAGAAGAACAAGGAGAGUUGAGCAAAGAGGGACAUUAUCCAAAAAAGGGGCUUCCCAGACCUGUGGUAAAAGGAGAGGGGAAGGAGAGGAAGCCACCCAGUAUACCUGAUGCCUCCAGAAAGAAAAGAAAAAAGGAACCGAUGAUUGAUUUACAGAAUCUCCUAUCUACUAGACCUUCUGUGAAGUCUUUGGCAGUGCCCACAGUAGAGGAGUUGGAAGAUGAAGUGGAGACAGACCACAAGCAGAUAAUAAAGGAAGCUUUUGCUGGGGAUGAUGUCGUCAGAGAAUUCUUGAAAGAGAAAAGGGAAGCUGUAGAGGCGAAUAAACCAAAGGACUUGGACCUGACAUUGCCUGGAUGGGGUGAGUGGGUUGGUAUAGGCCUGAAGCCCAGUGCCAAGAAAAGACGCCGUUUUCUUAUUAAAGCUCCUGAAAGUGCUCCAAGAAAAGACAAGAAUUUGCCAAAUGUGAUUAUCAAUGAGAAGCGCAACAUCCAUGCAGCAGCUCAUCAGGUGCAGGCUGUUCCACACCCAUUCACCAAUCACCAGCAAUUUGAAAGGACUAUCCAGAACCCUAUUGGGUGCACAUGGAACACCCAGAGGGCCUUCCAAAAGCUGACAGUUCCCAAGGUUAGCACCAAACUAGGCCAUAUUAUUAAGCCCUUAAAAGCAGAAAAUGUGGGCUACUGCUCUUCCUCAAGGUCCGACCUUUCUGUCCUACAGAGCAAUCGGAAGCGGCUCUCCAAAAAGCAACAAAAACAGCUGAAGAAAAGCUCUGCAGAUUGAGCUGCCAGGGGACUAGCAUCUUUGUUCCUGGGACUAGGAACCUUGAGUGUUUCUCUUGGUUGCUUCAUAGUGCUUCAGGGGUAUUUCCUAAAUUGACAGAACACUUUGUAGUUAAACCACAUUGUAGAAAUAAGACAUUUUUGUCUAGUAAAGAGCUUCCAUUCCAUUCUGAGAGAUAUGAUAAAGAUAGAAAUGAUUUAUUCAUGGGAAAAAUGACUACCAUAAGUUAGAGUACCUAUGUGUAGUACCUAUCCUAGGAUUAAAGAGGGAUCAGUGAGUGGACAGAGAAAUUCAAUCUGGGAUAAGGCAGAGGAAGUAUGAGCUGCAAAGAAUGCUCAAUUAGUUUAGAUAUUAAGUUAAUAGCUUCUAAUGUGGCUCAUAUAUGUAAUCCAGCAUUAUGAGAGGCUGAGUCAAAAGAAUUAUUUACUUGAGUGAGAACUUGGCUUUACAAAACAAAACAACCCCAAAAGUAUUUUAGGAAGAGUUAAUAGACAAAAAUGAACAAAUUUAGAGAUUUGGAGAACACAAUGAGGAUAGAGGUGACUAGAGUUUAUUUAAGAAUAAAGUGUAACAGAAUUGGGAGGAUUGAAAAGUCAGUUGUGGAGGGCCUUAAAUGCUUUGCAGAUAAAUUUGGAAUUACAUUUUAUUUCUUUUCUCUUAGGCAAUGUAGAGCAAGUAAGAUUUGUAUAGGGGAUAGAUGUGGUGACCUUUAUGUUAAAGGAAUGUGGGUGCCAAGCUGGCAGUGUGCAUACAGGAUUUAUUGAGGGGAGUGAGAGUUAAAGACUUCAGCUAUAGAAGUUAGAGUGAGCAUGAGCAGGAGGGUGGAUGAUAGGAAGUAGAACAAUCACUUGGCAAGAGAUCUGGAGAAUAAAGGGCAAAGGGAAUUUUACUGCAUGCUUUGAAGUUUUGAGCAGGGUUUUGGACCUGGGAGGAUUUAGCUUUCCAUUUAUUUAUUCUUGGAAAGAUGAAAGGUGGAGUGAUAAGUGUGAAGUGAAACUGAGCAUAAUGGGAUAGUCCUUUUAAUCCCAGCACUUGGGAGCAGGCAGAAGCAGAAGGAUAGCUGCAAGUUCAAGGCCGGGAGGGUCUACAUAGUUCCAGGUAAGGAUCUCAUCGUUAGAGAGGGAUCUUUUAGUAAGUGAUGGCUAGAGUGGGCAGUGAGGGAGUGGCAAAACUGGGUUUAGAGCUUUAUAGACUGGCAAGAACCACUCAGUAAGACACAUGAAAUAACUUCUAGUUAGCCCCCACUAGGCAUUGUCUGGGGAGGCUUCAGCUAAAUUGGGUCCCAAAAUGUGUGACAUUGACCAGGGUUAACUACAGCUGUCUCCUUGAGUAUAGGAAUAGAGACUCUUGAGGGGGAGGUCAUGUUUUGGCACUUGGUGCUCAAGAUUUUUUCCAUCAAGAACAUGGCUGCCAAGAAUCCAUCUGUGAGUCUUUGGGACCAGAUCCAUGGGGCAAGUGAGGCUAGAAAGGGAUGGUGUUCAGAGUGGGGGUCAUACUCAGCCCAUUGUAACUAUUCAUUUUUAAAAUAUUGAAUUAGUUUUCUGUUGAUGGGAAUCUUGUUCUUGAGAUCCACAAAUCAAACUCUUUGGGUCCGUGCUUUUUGCUUGUUUGAGUCAUUUCAAUAAGGUAGUACUCUGUAGGGUAUUUUUUCUUCUUGCUUUUUGGUGAGUAUAGUAUUUACCAUAAAGGAAUACAUUCUAUGGAAAAAUUUGAGUAGGGCAAAUCUGUUGGAAGCAGCUUUAAAUUUAGGAUCACAAGAAUUACUAAACUUAUAAAAUAGAUGACAAUGCUAAGAAAGUUAUAAUUUACAUAUUUUAUAUUUUUAUAUAUUAUAUAUAUUAUAUUUUAUAAUUUUAUAUAUAAAUAAAUACAAGGAUUAUAGGAAAAGUUGUCAUCUAAAUUACUAAAUUUUGUUUUUUCUUCUCCCACUAAUUGGGCCUCAAACCUUGGCCUCAGCCAGUCUAGGCAAGUGCUCUACCACUGAGCUACAUCCUCAGUUUUGUUUCUUUUUCUUUUUUGGAGAGCGUCUUAAUCUGCAUCUUAGACUGGCUUUGACCUUGAUGUGUAGCCCAGGCUGGCAGGCUGGCCUUGAGCUCUCCAUCCUGCCUCCCCAGGAAACCUCUGGGAUUAAUAAUCUUUUUCUAUGAUACUGGGAUUGAACUCAUGGCCUUAUGUAUGCUAUUUAUGAGCUCUAUUGAUGAGCUAUAUCUGCAGCUGCCUCCCUACAUUUAGAACUGUAUCCCACCCACCCCCAGGGAACCCCCCUCCCCCUUUUUUUCUGUUUUUGGUUUUUCAAGACAGGGUUUCUCUGUGUAACAGUAGUGACUGUCCUGGAACUCACUCUGUAGCCCAGGCUGGCCUCGAACUCUCAGAGAUCUGCCUACCUCUGCCUCCCAAGUGCUGGAAUUAAAGUCGCGGUUCACUAUUGCCCGGCUCCUUUA